AUGAGCGCCUCCAAGGAAUACCGUCUCCUCUGCCUGGAGAACCCCCUUCUCGACAUCCAGGCUGUCGGCAACGACGCCCUGCUCGAGAAGUACGGCCUCAAGCCCAACGACGCCAUCCUGGCUGAGGAGAAGCACCUGGGCAUCUACGAGGACUUGCUCAACAACUACGAUGCCAAGCUCAUCGCCGGCGGCGCCGCCCAGAACACGGCCCGUGGCGCCCAGUACAUGCUGCCUCCCAACAGCGUCGUCUACCUCGGCGGUGUCGGUGACGACAAGUACGCUGCCAUCCUGCACGACGCUGUCAAGAAGGCCGGUCUGCGCGUCGAGUACCGCGUCGACCCCAAGCAGCCCACCGGCCGCUGCGGCGUCGUCAUCACCGGCCACAACCGCAGCAUGUGCACCGACCUGGGUGCCGCCAACCACUACGACCUCGAGCACCUCAAGAAGCCCGAGAUCUGGGCUCUCGUCGAGAACGCCGAGGCUUUCUACAUCGGUGGCUACCACCUGACUGUCUGCCCUCCCGCCAUCAUGGAGCUCGCCAAGGAGGCCGCGUCCAAGAACAAGCCCCUCAUCUUCUCCAUCUCCGCCCCCUUCCUGCCCCAGUUCUUCAAGGACCCCCUGAACGCCGCUCUGCCCUACAUCGACUACCUCAUCGGCAACGAGACCGAGGCCCUUGCCCUCGCCGAGUCCCAGGGGCUCGCCACCAAGGACCUCAAGGAGAUCGCCAAGCACAUGGCCAACCUGCCCAAGGAGAACAAGCAGCGCAAGCGCGUCGCCAUCAUCACCCAGGGCACCGAGCCCACCUUUAUCGCCGUCCAGGGCGAGGACGCCGUCCACGAGUACCCCGUCCACGUCAUCGAGAAGGAGAAGAUCAACGACACCAACGGCGCUGGCGAUGCCUUUGCCGGCGGCUUCUGCGCCGGUGUCAUUGAGGGCCGCUCUCUCAAGGAGGCGGUCGACAUGGGCCAGUGGCUGGCUCGUCUCAGCAUCCAGGAGCUGGGUCCUUCGUAA